AUGGGUCAAGAAGCCUGGACUCCAAAUCAGCAAUCAGAUGCCUUUGGUUGCAUACCAGUUCAUUCCCAAACUAGCCAAUUGUCAGCUACUUCGACCACCCCAAGCCGACAACCUCUUUCCAACCAAAGCAGCUCAGCAAACAAAGCCAAUACAGAAAACAAUAACGAGAUUGAGGUGGUGAAUCCUAGCCAAUCUUGCUUGAUAAAUCAACACUUGAACCUUUGUGAACCAAUCCAUAUCGAUCCAUCCCAUCGCAAUUUGAAUCAACGUCUCAAUCCAACAGCAACCCAUUUGGCAUCAGGUCGAGCAAGAAAUGCAGCUCACUCGAUCUAUGAGGCGCGUCAAAUCCGCCAUGAGAGCUUUGUACAGGCAGCAGCACAGGGCCGUGAUAACUUUUGGAAUGAUCAUCGUGAUCCCAUGUUCUACCCUCGCGAGGAACCUGUUUGCAGCUCUGGAAGCUUCAGCAGUGCUCUGGCCGACCCUCAACAAUGCGGAGCUAGUGCGACCUACCAUCCUACAUGCGGCCUCCUUCAAGCCGGAUCAGGGCGUCUCACUGCCCCUUCACCACCUCUGGAGCCUCGAUUCAUGCCCAAUCAACCUUCCACCGAGUCACAAGUCAAGAUGGUGACUCUUCGAGUGUUUCAUGAGGCGUAUUUUUGGGGUCCAAAAGAUAGGAAUCGUACAUUGGCUCAAAGAUCUUCAUCUAGAAGAGCCAUCGAAAAGCCUGUAUGGAACUGUGAUAAAACUGAAAAGAACGAUACUGGACCCAAGCACUACAUAAAGUUCGACUUGAAUCAUUCAUCUCCUCAAGCGGUCAUAGAUUUAAUGGUGGAAUCUCUCAACAAAGUACAAACCAAUCUUGGUACCUAUCUCAGCAACGUAUCUCAUCCCCAGUCAGUUUCUUGGCUUGGUGUCAGUCUUACACCGAAGUCCUUCUUCCGCGGUCCGAAGUACCAUCUCCGCGAACUCAUUGAAUGGAAUCAAUUCAAAAACUUAUCCGAUCAUAACACUCAACCAAGCUCCGCUGGCCUUCUUGUUCAGAUGGCAAAUCCUGAUCUCGAUGUUGCUGCUGAACGUAGGAAAGAGGAAGUUGGUAGUUACAUCAGCUCAUGGAAUACUCAACAAGCUGUUGUCAAUAAUCAGCCUAGUGGUUCAGCAACUGCUGAAUUGACUGCAUCUGAAAAUUUACCGUUGAAUGUCACUAUCAAGUUAAAAAAUAUUCUCACCAAUAAUGGAUCUGAACAAUGCCGAUUCAGAGAUCCUCAAGAGUCUAAGAAAUGGUGUCAUAUGACUCCUCGCAAGAUCAAAAUAUGGGUUGAUGCGAUUAUACUAGCUCGUCAAGAAGGUCGCAACAAUGUUGAUUUAUGGACUCCUCCUAAGUUACCAGCUUUCAAGACCUUCCUCAAUGGACAGCUUCCUCCAGGUUAUCUCGAGUUUCCAGAUGAUCCUCCACCGGCAGGAUUCAUGGCUGCUGCUCCUGCACCUCUGACACAACAACCAAUCCCAUCAGCUACCCCAGCUCAACUACACGAUGACCGUAUCUAUCAACGCAAAUACUCUGGAGACAUGGAAGCCUUUCUCAAUUAUGCUGAGUUUCCUGAAAGCGAUCAUACUUUGAGGACAAAGUUAAGCGAGGCUCAUUACACUCGUUGGAGUGAUCUCAAGCCAAGUGAUGAUAUGAACAGUAAAGAAUUACAAGCGAUUGGCAUAGCUCGAGGUGAUGCAAACCAUCUCCUUGGAAGUUCAGUUCGGUAUGAGGGAUUUUUACUUGCAAAGCUUGCUGGACUUGAUGCGCAACAGCUUUGA